AGGAAUCGCUUUCGAUGCAACUCGAGUAUUGAAGGUUGAUAUUCACUUGCUUAGUCUCAUCUUCAUUUUUUUCCCUAUCCAUCUUUUUCUCACUCUCACUCACUAUACUUGCUAUUAAUAUUAUCAUCUUAAUCAUCUCUUGCUCAACCUGACCUACCUAUAUAUUUGUAUGUGUAUGCAUAAAGCAAAUUGAUAGGAAACAGUUAUGCCAACAUGAAACCAAACUUGCCAUGUUAAAGUGUGUAGAUCAGCUGAAAAAAAUACAUCUCUUUUUUUACCCAACAUUUGGUUAAAUGUAAAGUGUUAAAGUGAAAAGUGACAUGGAGUAAAAUUAACAUCAUUACCAGUCAAUAUUUUUAGGUUAAUCGAACCCUGUGAAGACUAAAAAAUUGAAUCUCAAGUGAUACCCAAAUACCUGGAAUUACCAUUUUAUUUAAAUGUGAUAAUUUCCUUUCUCUUCAUCUAUGUAUUCAAUUGUUUUCCCAAAAUAUUUCAACGGUUCAUCAUCAACCAAUCAAUCAUUUUGUUCAUCCUUUUUAUCAUGUCUUUUCAAUCCAUCGACUUUUCAAAUUGAACUUUGUUUACUUACAGUGUUUCUUCCUAUCUAAAAGCAUCAGUUUCACUAUUUUGGAUGUGCCUUUAGGUCAUGUUAACAAUAGCAAAAACAUUAACUGUUCAAAAUCAUUUCAACAAAAACAACAACAACAACAACAGCAACUACAAAAGGAACAACAAUACAAAUCAGAAAAAAAUGAACAAAAUCUUCUUACUCUUAAUUUCUAGAUAAUCUUUUACCUUGUUGGAAGAUGAGGAAUCUGAAAAGAAAGGAGAAAGGAAAGAUAAAAGAGGAACAAGAAAAAGCCAAAGAAGAUGAAAGAAGCAAAAGAAAAGAUAACCGUGAUUUCACAUUAAUAUGAAUAUUAAUAGAAUAAUAGGAAAAUAAUGAGAUCCCAAUCAAGUUGAAAUGAAUUUUUCAUCAGCCAUCUUAUAACCUAAAAACCAGUGUUAACCAGAUUCCUUUUUUUUUGUUGCCUGGUUCAAAAGCACAUAAUGUGUGUGAAUAGGGAUGGCCAAUUAAUAUGUUAACCCCUUUCCGCUCAAAUUGUUUAACCUCAACUGUACCAGCUUUCAGUGUUUAACAUUACUGUUGCCUCAAUGUUGGGUAAAGCAAAAAUGACAAUUCUAUCAUGAAAAAUAUAAUCCAUCUUGAAUGAUGAUCAUGAUAAUUGUUAACAAGGCAACUGAAUGAACUAAACUGUGCUUUUUUACAUAUACAUAUAUACAUAUAUUUAUCAAUCUUGUGCAGAUCUUUUUUUUUGGAUAAAAAAACAACAACAUCAAACCUAAAUUACCAAGGAAGACGAAAAAAGGAAAACAAGAAACCCAUUUUUUCUUGUAUCUAUUCUGUAUUAUAAAUUGUUUCACUUGUUAUCCACUCUGUUGACCAUCAUCAUCAUCAUCAAUAACAAAUAUCGCAGAUCAAUCGACGAACCCUUCCACUUUUUUUUAUCAAAACUGGAAGGUAAAAAAUGUCCCAUCGCUCAAUUCGGAUACUUAAAUUGUUAACCUCAUUCUCAGCUCUUGGAUCACUGUUUGCCCAAAGUAUUGCUAUUUUCACCAAUGAAUGGUUAUAUUCCGAGGAACUCAUGAAUAACCCUGAAUUUAAGAAGUACAACAUGUCUGCUGCCUCUGAACAUUUAUCAAAAUUCACAGUUUCAGGCCUUUGGAUUCUCUGUCAAAAUGAACCUGGUGUUAAAUCCAUGAAUUGCACUCACAUUGACUAUUUAACUGAUGAAGAGUAUACUCCUGAUCCUAAUGAUUCAACAAUGGCAAUACCAUAUGCAGCCAAGAAAGCAGCACUUUUCAUGGCUUUAAGCACAGGUUCAAUCCUGUUAGGCGUUUUUACCUGUUUUACUGCCAAUAAAUGUAUUCGUCGCAAGGCUCUUACCUUUGCCUCUGGUAUUUCAUUCAUACUUUCAGGUUUAAUGAUACUCUGUUCAAUCGUGAUAUACAUUUCAACCUUUAAAGCCGAGGUGGGCAAUAAAUUGCGACCCAAAUCAUCAUUCCAAGAGGCAACCUUUAGAUACAAAUAUGGUGUUUCCUUCAUGUUUUGCGUUUUAAGCCUUAUGAUGUGCGAAGUUGCCGGAACCUUUUCAAUCUUUUUGUAUAUACGACUCCACCAACUGGACUGGGAAAAAGAGUUCAGUCAACAAGAAGCCUUGGUUGACCUUUUACAAGCCCCUGGACCUUUGUCCUCCUCCUCAAUGAACACCUCUUUAAGCCCAAGCAACACCAUUAACCUGCCCGCACCAAUUGCUUCCUAUUGUAAAAAACACGGUGGUCGAGGUCGAAGGUACAGUCGAUCAAAGGAAAUCUCUCGUGAACCCUCGCCCAUUCCUUUGCCCAUUAAAUCUUCCAGGACACCAUCUUAUGUGGGCAUAAACAGUCCUCUUCAAGUUCCCUCACCAGCCGAUUAUGGAGACUUUCAAUCAUCAACCAAAUUUCCCUUUCCACCGCCUCCGCCUCCGCCACCUUCCCAGUUAACAUCACACUUUUCAUCUUCUUCAUCAACUCGCAAUAAAACCAGACCAGGAGUUUUCAUAAUUUCAGGUUCAUCUCAACAGCAGCAACAUGAUUACAACUGUCAUCGUGAAUCCAAUCUCAGUCAAACACAAUCUUCCUCACAUCAUCACACAACAGUUUCUGGUUCCAAUGAUAUGGACAGAGAAUCAUCUUCCCGUGAAGAUUAUUCACCGCCUCAUGACUCAAUCUGCCGAGCCUCUUAUCCCACACCAAUACUGGAACAAGAUUUUAGCAGCAACAGUGAAUACAUGGGAGACUAUUCACCGACCAAGGAAUUUCCUUUGGACAAUUUACGGCGAACCACUCCAGUUUAAUUGAAGCCUCUUGUCAUGAACAUUUGUUGGCGAGUCAAUCAUAUCUUGACAUUAUCAUUUGUAACGUAAAACUGGCUUUACAGUUUUCAUUUUGUUCAAUUGAUACUCAUUUGUAUUUUCCCUGCUCUUCUGGAAAUCGGACAAACAACGGAUUUCUUUUAAUUGGAAUUAUCUUCUGAGCAAGGAAAAACAAAUCAAAAUCACAGCCUUAAAUUGUAACCAUCAUUUAUCAACACUUUUAAUUCAACAAAGAAAAAUGUCAAAUGAUAUUUAGCUAUUUAUGGAAAUAGCUUUCCCUUGUUUUUUUAUAUACAAAUAUAAUAACAAGACAUUAAGAUGUAACGAAAAUGUUGAUUUUAAUGAAAAGGAUAAAGAAAAUUUCAACCCUGUUAUUUGUUGAUCCAAAUUUUUGUCACUUUGGCAAUCAAUUUUGAUUCAUAGAUUUACAAUUUUUGGGACCAAAAAAAUUGACAAAAUUAAAUAACAGGGUCAGUUAAAUGGUUGAAAUGAGCUAGGAAAACAAAUUGAAUAGAAAAAAGGAUUUUUCAGUUUUUCCAAGGAAACUUUCAGCACGUUUGAAAAUUCAUUUUAUCUUUCAUUUGAUUGUUCAAAUUCACUGAAAAUGUCACCAAAAAAUGAAUAAAACAAAUGGAAAAUGAUU